GCGCAGAAGCCUCUCGGCAUAGAGUCAGGCAGUCCGUGGUGAAAACUGCGGUAGCGACACUCAAAUCUCGCCAUGAAGACCCGGUUUAGCACCAUUGACAUCCGCGCCGUACUCUCGGAGCUGAAUGCCAGCUUGCUAGGAAUGAGAGUAAACAAUGUUUAUGAUGUGGAUAAUAAGACAUAUCUUAUUCGUCUUCAAAAACCAGACUUUAAAGCUACACUUUUACUUGAAUCUGGCAUACGAAUUCACACGACAGAAUUUGAGUGGCCUAAGAAUAUGAUGCCGUCUAGUUUUGCCAUGAAGUGCCGAAAACAUUUGAAGAGUCGGAGAUUAGUCAGUGCAAAACAGCUUGGUGUGGAUAGAAUUGUAGAUUUUCAAUUUGGAAGUGAUGAAGCUGCUUAUCACUUAAUCAUUGAGCUCUAUGAUAGGGGGAACAUUGUUCUUACAGAUUACGAGUACCUGAUUUUAAAUAUCCUAAGAUUUCGAACUGAUGAGUCAGAUGAUGUUAAAUUUGCUGUUCGUGAACGCUAUCCAGUUGAUCAUGCUAGACCUGUUGAACCUUUGCUUACCUUGGAAAGAUUGACUGAAAUAAUAGCCAGUGCUCCUAAGGGUGAACUACUGAAGAGAGUUCUUAACCCAGUACUUCCCUAUGGAUCAGCUCUCAUUGAGCACUGUCUUAUACAAAAUGGAUUCUCUGGCAAUGUCAAAGUGGAUGAAAAACUUGAAAGUAAAGAUAUUGAAAAAGUACUUGUUUGUCUGCAGAAAGCAGAAGACUAUAUGAAAACAACAUCCGAAUUCAGUGGAAAGGGGUAUAUCAUUCAGAAAAGAGAAGUGAAACCAAGCCUGGAAAUGGAUAAACCAACUGAAGACAUACUCACGUAUGAGGAAUUUCAUCCUUUCUUGUUUUCUCAACAUUCACAAUGUCCAUAUAUAGAAUUUGAAUCAUUUGACAAGGCCGUGGAUGAGUUUUAUUCCAAGAUAGAAGGUCAGAAAAUAGAUUUAAAAGCUUUACAGCAGGAAAAACAAGCAUUGAAGAAAUUAGAUAAUGUUCGAAAGGAUCACGAAAACAGAUUAGAAGCUCUUCAACAGGCUCAGGAAAUAGAUAAACUUAAAGGAGAGCUCAUAGAAAUGAACCUGCAAAUAGUUGACAGAGCUAUUCAGGUUGUUCGAAGUGCUUUAGCCAACCAGAUAGACUGGACAGAAAUUGGGGUAAUUGUGAAAGAAGCCCAAGCUCAAGGAGAUCCCGUUGCAAAUGCAAUCAAAGAAUUAAAAUUACAAACGAAUCAUGUUACAAUGCUGCUAAGAAAUCCGUACUUGUUAUCAGAGGAUGAAGAUGAAGAUGUUGAUGGUGACAUCAAUGUUGAGAAAAUUGAAACUGAACAACCAAAAGGAAAAAAGAAAAAGCAAAAGAAUAAACAACUGCAGAAGCCUCAGAAAAAUAGGCCAUUACUUGUUGAUGUUGAUCUCAGCUUAUCAGCAUAUGCCAAUGCCAAAAAGUAUUAUGAUCACAAGAGAUAUGCUGCUAAGAAAACACAAAAGACUGUUGAAGCUGCCGAGAAGGCAUUCAAAUCAGCAGAAAAGAAAACAAAGCAAACCUUAAAAGAAGUUCAAACUGUUACCUCUAUUCAAAAAGCAAGAAAAGUAUAUUGGUUUGAGAAAUUUCUGUGGUUCAUUAGCUCAGAAAACUAUCUGAUUAUAGGCGGACGAGAUCAGCAACAGAAUGAAAUAAUUGUGAAAAGAUACUUGACAUCAGGGGACAUUUAUGUACAUGCUGAUCUUCAUGGAGCUACUAGCUGUGUAAUUAAAAAUCCAACAGGAGAACCCAUUCCCCCUCGGACCUUGACUGAAGCUGGCACAAUGGCACUUUGCUACAGUGCUGCCUGGGAUGCCCGAAUUAUCACCAGUGCCUGGUGGGUGUACCAUCAUCAGGUGUCUAAAACAGCACCAACUGGAGAAUAUUUGACAACAGGAAGCUUCAUGAUAAGAGGAAAAAAGAAUUUUCUCCCUCCCUCAUAUCUAAUGAUGGGGUUUAGCUUCCUAUUUAAGGUAGAUGAGUCUUGUGUUUGGAGACAUCGGGGUGAACGAAAAGUCAGAGUGCAGGAUGAAGACAUGGAGACGCUGGCGAGUUGCACAAGUGAACUCAUAUCAGAGGAAAUGGAACAGCUAGAUGGAGGUGACAGUAGUAGUGAAGAGGAGAAAGAGGAAUUACACGAAACUCCUAUGGAAGUGGAACUCGUUGACCAGGAGGGUGUCACUAUUCGGAGUGGUAGAGAUGAGCUUACUGAAGAACUCCUUCAUGAGGAAAGCUCUGAAGAUGAAGGAGAAUCUGAGGAAGUAGUGAAGGAUCAGGAACCUGUUGGUGAAGUCAAGGAUGACGGAGAAGAGACGUUCAAUUACCCAGACACUACCAUUGACUUGUCCCACCUUCAGUCCCAAAGGACUCUACAGAAAUUGGCUUCAAAAGAGGAACCUUCUAAUAUGAGUGACAGUAAAUUACAGAGCCGGAGACAUUUGUCAGCUAAGGAAAGAAGGGAAAUGAAGAAGAAAAAGCUUCCAAGUGACUCAGGGGAUUUAGAAGUGAUAGAGGGAAAGGACAAAGAAAAAGAAAAUGCUCUACACAUUGAAACUCAGCAGAACACAAGCAAGAAUGCCCCGGCUGUGCAGCCAAUGAAGCGAGGACAAAAGAGUAAAAUGAAAAAAAUGAAGGAAAAAUAUAAAGACCAAGAUGAAGAAGACCGUGAACUCAUCAUGAAAUUGCUGGGGUCUGCAGGUUCAAACAAAGAAGAAAAAGGAAAAAAGGGGAAGAAAGGUAAAAUAAAGGAUGAACCAGUGAAGAAACAGCCCCAGAAGCCUAGAGGUGGACUAAGGACCUCAGACACCAUAGUAAAAGAAACCCCCUCUGUUGAGGUUGUAACUCAUGAGUUACAAGACUUGGCUGUGGAUGAUCUACACGAUGACAAGAUAGGUUAUCUCCAGAGAUUUUUUAAUGAAGAGCAAGAUCUGGAUCAACAGAGAAAUGAGGAAAACCUGUUUGACUCUUUGACAGGACAGCCACAUCCUGAAGAUAUACUACUGUUUUCCAUUCCAAUAUGUGCCCCUUACACCACCAUGGUAAACUAUAAAUACAAAGUGAAACUUACUCCUGGAGUUCAGAAAAAGGGGAAAGCUGCAAAAACUGCCUUGAAUAGUUUCAUGCAUUCCAAAGAAGCAACUGCACGAGAAAAAGACUUAUUCCGCAGCGUUAAGGUAAAUGAUUCCCUCCAGGACUUUCUGGAGACUGGUGUUGCCACUAAAAAUGUCAGCAGUAUAAUUUGCUCUUUUUUGUUCUUGCUUUAUUUAGUAGUUGCAAGCUGCAGCUGUUGUUUUGAUAGAAAAUGCUGUCUUACUAGAAGCAGUAUAAAAUAAGUAAAAUCACUUCAAGUGAAAAUUUUGGAAAUGCCUUUGUUUUGACAGCAGAGGAUACAUAAUUAUCAUAAAAAUAUGAUUAACCAUAUAGAAUGUGAAGAUAUGAAGAUAUUUAGCAAUUCUCUUUUUUUAGGACACGGAUUUAUCAAGAAAUAUUCCUGGCAAAGUGAAAGUGUCUGCACCCAAUCUUCUGAAUGUAAAAAGGAAAUAGCUGAAAUGAAAUCCUAAAAUAUUUGGGAAGAGCCGAUUUAUAGCCUUUUGGAAGUUCAGAUGAAAAUACCAUGUAACAAGACUUCCGCAUUUGAAAAUUAACGAUACAUUGCCUUGCUAUGUUCGCUAAAAGGACUUAUUCUUGUUUUUUCCAGUUUUAUAGAGAGGAGACACUGUCUAUGAUAGGAUUUCCUAAAAUAUUUGUGGAUAGUUAAACGCUAAUUGUAUACAUCUGUAGUUAUUCUACAUUUUCUUGAAAUUUGGGGGGGCUAAUAUUCAUUUCAUGUUGUAAAGAAACUGAAUAGUGAAAUGGCUCAAUUGCUUAGACUAUUGACUUGGUAGUCUAUUGUAUAUAUAAGGUCUAAUAUAUCUAUUACUCACAGGCCAA